AAUCCUCCACUUUGUAAUUCAACAGCAUGGGCUAUCCAUCUCCUUUGAAAGUUAUCAGUCGAAAAUUAACCAAUGAUAUUGUGAUUGCGUCAUGUGCUUUCUCCAGAUUUGACAAGCUAAAUUUUGGAGGUAGAAUGGCACUCAUCAAUCAUCUGGGCCAAAUUAUUGUGUGGUCUGCUUUGCCUUAUGGACCAGAAGUUGAAAAGAGUUUGGAGUUGUUAACAGGAACCACUGGUAAGUACAACAUCACUCACUUGAUUAUCCCUGACAAAGAGCACACGAUGGCAGCCAAGUCAUUCAAGGAUGUGUAUCCUGAAUUGAAGGUCAUUGCUAUGGAAGGUGUCGAGGUCCCUGGCUUGACUAUUGAUUAUAGGGUAACCUCAAAAUUAGGAAACAAGACCAUUGACCUGAAGAUCUUGAAGGAGGAGCUUGGUAUUACGGACAAGGUCUUCUUGGACCUGUUUGAGUUUGUCUACUUGCCACACCACGGAAAUAAGGAAUUGGUGAUGUUUGACACCAAGUCCAAGAUUCUUUUUGAAGCAGACUUGCUUUUCAACCUUGGCGUGAAGGAGCCAUUAGAACAAUAUUCCCCUUCUACCGGAUUCUCUGAAGGUUACAAUCCUCAUUCCGGUUGGUCCUUCCUUACCAGAUACAUGCAACCUUACAGUAAGGUGGGGAACAUUUUGACUAACAAGAUUACUACUCCACAGAGUAAGCCAGGUUUGGAAGCCAUUCAAAAAUGGGACUUCUCAAAGAUCGUGAUGUGUCAUGGAAAUAUCAUCGAAAAGGACGCAAAGAAAGCUUUUGCCAACGUUUUCAAAGUUUAAGCUAACUCUCAGUUGAGAUUUUUUAAAAUUUUUCGUAUUCAUUUCCUUCUUAGCUUAUGAUGUUUUAGCUUAGGAACAGGAAGAUUUCAAUUACACAGCGAUGUAAGUCGAUGCGAAUUCCUCACUAAAUAAUGCAGCUGC